AUGUCUGCUUCUAUUCAAUUUAACUCUGAAAAAUCCGUAAAGAAGGAUAACACUCUUUACACUAAGUUCACUUAUGAAAACUCUAUUGUUGAGACAAGUGAAGCUGGUGCCUUCUCUGUUACUCCAACUGCAAUUGACUAUCAAUUCAAAGUUGAUUUAACUACUCCAAAGACUGGUUUAAUGUUGGUAGGUUUAGGAGGUAAUAACGGUACUACUUUGGUCGGUUCAGUCUUGGCAAACAAGCAUAACAUUUCUUUUGAAACUAAAGAAGGUGUUAUCAAGCCAAACUAUUACGGUUCAGUUACCCAAUCUUCUACUAUAAAAUUAGGUGUGGAUCAAGGUGGUAACGACGUAUACGCUCCCUUCAACUCUAUUUUACCAUUUGUUAGUCCUAACGAUUUCGUCGUAGGCGGGUGGGAUAUCAGUAAUGCAAACUUGGCUGAAUCUAUGAAGAGAUCUCAAGUUUUGGAUGUUACAUUGCAAAAGCAAUUGUACCCAUACAUUGAACAAAUCACCCCAUUACCAUCAGUUUACUACCCAGAUUUCAUUGCAUUAAACCAAAAGGAAAGAGCCAACAACGUUUCUAACUUGAAAGAUGGUGAAGUUUUCACUGGUGACAAGUGGGCCGAUGUUGAAAAGGUGAGAAAGGAUAUCCGUGACUUUAAAGAAAAGAACAGCUUAGAUAAAGUUAUUGUGUUAUGGACCGCAAACACCGAAAGAUUCUCUGAAUUGAUUCCUGGUGUCAACGAUACUGCUGAUAACUUAUUGGAAGCUAUCAAGUCUAACCAUGCUGAAGUUUCUCCAUCCACCGUCUUCGCAGUUGCAUGUAUUUUAGAUCAAAUCCCGUACAUCAAUGGGUCACCGCAAAACACCUUUGUCCCAGGUGCUAUUGAAUUAGCUGAAAAGCACAAGACCUUUAUCGGUGGUGAUGAUUUCAAGUCGGGACAAACGAAGUUGAAAUCAGUCUUAGCUCAAUUCCUCGUGGAUGCAGGUAUCAGACCAGUUUCCAUCGCUUCCUACAACCAUUUAGGUAACAAUGACGGAUAUAACUUGUCAUCUCCAUUACAAUUCAGAUCUAAGGAAAUUUCCAAGCAAUCCGUUGUCGAUGACAUAAUCGAAAGUAAUCAAAUCUUGUAUAAUAAGGAAAAGGGUGACAAGAUCGAUCACUGUAUUGUUAUUAAGUAUUUACCAGCUGUUGGAGACUCCAAGGUUGCCAUGGAUGAAUACUACUCAGAAUUAAUGUUGGGUGGACAUAAUAAGAUUUCUAUUCACAACGUUUGUGAAGAUUCAUUAUUAGCUACACCAUUAAUUAUUGAUUUAGUUGUUAUGACCGAAUUCUUAUCCAGAGUUUCUUACAAGAAGGCUUCUGAAUCUGACGAUAAGUACGAAGACUUCUACGCCGUUUUGUCAUUAUUGAGUUACUGGUUAAAGGCUCCAUUAUCUAGACCAGGAUUCAAGCCAAUCAAUGGUUUAAACAAGCAAAGAUUGGCAAUUGAAAACUUGUUGAGAUUAUUGGUAGGAUUACCAGUUAACAACGAUUUAAGAUUUGAAGAGAGAUUGGCUUAG